GUCGUAGAUUGGAUUGCCAUUUUCCCCAACAAGAAAAUGGCGAAAGCUGUCGUCAGAGGCCCGAGCCAAGCGAGUGAUAAACCUCCGAAGAUAGACGCAAAACAGGAUCUUUUUCUCUUUUUUUCCUCAGUUAACUUGCAUUCUGUGAAUCUACAGUUCUGGAGAUUUUGUCAGUUUUUCACUGAUCUCUCCAAACGAAGCUCCUGUUACAUUGCCCCAAAUCGCCCCCUGGUAGAAUUCCUUCGUCACCCACCCCCUUUCCCCUCUUCGAUCUUGAUCUUUCCCGCCACUUUUUGCUGCGUCGGACCAGGGAGGAGACAAGGCAACCUGGGACCAGACAUUGCAGCAAUUGUGUCGGUGAAGCCUGAGCGAUCCAAGUUCUUUCUCUCCGCCAUUUACCUUCAGUUUCUACUAUCAUCUUGCUUCGCACCUUUUCAUUUCUUACAGUAAUUUAUAAUUUGCGAGAGCCCAGUCAAACGUUGUAUUCGUGUGCUGUUAAGCUGCAUGCUCUUCGCCUAGCCGUGCCGCUCUAGCGAUCGAACCGUGCCGGGAUUCGUGGUACGCCGCUUUGCACAACUCGAAUCCAUUCUUUUUAUUUGUCUGCCGUCGACCCUUUCUGGUGGUUCACGAGGGAGAAAAAAGAUACCUCUCCACGAUAUAGCGACGAUCAACCCAACGACUAUCGGGACGUAUAUGUACACCCAAUUAAUACGAUAAUUCGAAAGCCACCAAAAAGUGACACCUCGGCGCACUGCUGAAACCCUGUCCUUGCAGUAGGAGGAAAAGCCACGUCGACAGCGUCCUGCAGCCGUGACAGGCUGGCCACCAAUACCCGUACACUGUAGAGGCAACGAGUACAGUACUCUAUCGUCUUUGGCCGCAUCUCGGGAUUGACGCCGCCGCCGACUGCAUGUUCCCAGUUGGUGGCAGACCUCUGGAAGCGACACUUAAGAUGGCUAGCAGGGAGAUGAGCAACGGUAUGGCGGACACUAUGGAAAACGCGCAUACCAAGAGUCAAAAACAAAAUCGAAACAUUUUUCAUAUUGUCACCGUUGGGUUUCUGAUAUUAGCAGUGGUGAGUAAUGGCCCCCCAAAAAUUUCUUUCACAUAUCUGCUAUCUAUCUGCUCCUUGUCCCAUUUUCCCUGGAUGUAAUAUGCCUGCUUCUACCCUGCCCAGCCCCAGCACUACGACAUUUCCCUCUACCCAGGAGUCAAUUCUGUGCCAAGGAAUCAAAUCUUAGUAAUCGCAGCGACUACUGAAUGGGUUCUUUCUCGUCCCUCCGUCAAUACUGCCCCACCUUCCCUUGUCAACAUAACAUCAUCACCCACCAGCUUGGCCUCGUGCGACUGGAUCUCCCCGCAUUUAUAGCACGUCGUGCCUGCUAUUAAAUUGGCGCAUGCGCUACUUUGAUCGUCCAAGUUCAAUUGAACUCUCCGGCAUAUUCGGGCCUAUUUUCCAAAGGUUGUUUUUUGUGUCUUUAUCUUUUGCUAAAAACCAAAACUCCUCCCCCGUCUCUGUUUAGGGUCUUCAAGUUAUUCUUCGUGACGCAAAGCUGCAGUACUCAACGUUGCUCGAGGUCAAUCCUUUCCUGCGCGGAUUACACUCUCCAGCCGCACAAGCAACGAUCGACGAGCCAGCCGUCUGCGAAAACCAGCCAUUUCCCACCGCUGCACCGACCUCGAGACCCCUCAAGAUGCCUUUGGCAGCAGAGACAAAACGCAUCGUCGACCAGUUCGAGUACACGGACGACGAUGUGAACAAGGGAGUAAAGGAGUUCCUCCGUCAAAUGGACGAGGGUCUCGCUAAGGACGGCACCAGCUUAAGCCAGAUUCCUACAUAUGUCGCAGCCGUUCCUUCUGGCAAAGAACAGGGUCUUUAUCUUGCGGUUGAUCUUGGCGGAACAAACUUCAGGGUUUGCUCGGUUCAUCUCAAUGGCGACAACACGUACGACCUCAACUUCAACAAGGUCGCGAUCCCAAAGGAGCUCAUGGUUGCCAAGACUUCCGAAGAACUCUUUGCCUUCCUCGCCAAGCAGAUUGAGGUUUUCCUCAAGGACCACCACGAGGAUCACUUCGAGUCCCUGAAGCGCCGCCGAGAGGCCACCAGCGCCACCAAUGGAUAUCGCGAGGAGGAUGUCUUCAGGCUGGGUUUCACCUUCAGCUUCCCCGUGGACCAGGUUGGUAUUAACAAGGGCAACUUGAUCCGGUGGACCAAGGGUUUCGACAUCGAUGACACUGUCGGCAAGGACGUCUGUGCUUUGCUCCAGGCUGAGCUCGACAAGCUCAAGCUGCCUGUGAAGGUGGCGGCCUUGGUCAACGACACUGUCGGUACCCUCAUGGCUCGCGCAUACACAUCGCCGAGCAAAAAGGGAACCAUUCUUGGUGCCAUUUUCGGAACGGGUACCAACGGAGCAUACAUGGAGAAGUACGACAGCAUCAAGAAGGGCCUCAAAGGAGCCGACUAUGUCGACACAACGGGCGAAAUGAUCAUCAACGCAGAGUGGGGAUCCUUCGACAACCAGCUCAACGUGCUUCCCAGCACACCAUGGGACGACGCCCUGGACCGCGAAAGCAACAAUCCUGGCGUCCAGAUGUUUGAGAAGCGGGUAUCGGGCAUGUUUCUCGGCGAGAUUCUGCGUCAAGCUGUCGUGGACGCAGUCAAGAACGACAAGGUGCAGCUUUUCAAGCAGGUGCAGGUUAACUCGAGCUCUUCACGACUGUUCACGUCAUAUGGCGUUGACAGCGCCAUCAUGUCAGAUGCAGCAGAGGACAACACUCCAGAACUCGCCACGCUUCGCAAGAAGCUCAGCUCAGAGGUUGGUCUCAAUGAUGUAUCGGUCGAGGAUGCGCAAGCGUUCAAGGCUAUAUCUGCCGCUGUUGGCCGACGUGCAGCUCGUCUCUCAGCCGUUGCUGUUGCAGCUGUGGUCCUGAAGACGGGCAAGCUGACUCACCCGGAUUGGAAGGGUGAGCAGAUCGACAUAGGUGUCGACGGCAGUCUUUUCCAGUUCUACCCUCAGUUCCCCGACAUGAUCUACGAGGCGCUGAGGGUGAUCGAUGGCAUCGGUGAGAAGGGAGCUGAACAAAUCACGAUUGGGCUGACUCAGGACGGCUCUGGUGUCGGUGCUGCGCUCAUUGCUCUGAUUGCGGCUGAGAUGGAGAAGAGUGCUUCGGGGUCGAAGUAGAGACAGUAUUGGAAGUCAUGAGCGCGUAUGUUGAAUGAGUUGUGGAGGGCACGAUCAAGAGAAACGUGGUGAUGAUGUUAAUGAUAGCGUCUGCUGCUAACUAUUUUGGCAUAUUUUAUAAAUAUCCCGUCCCUGUUGAGGAUGUUUGUUUUGUGAGACAUGAUCAAAACCAUUUUAUAGGGCAAUAUAUACUUUGAGGUCGAACCCUGAC